UCUAAGGAGAGCAAUGGAGGCAACUUGACAGACAGUCCUGGGAGGCACAGACAGUCAGACAUUCCCCAGCAGCACCAGCCAGGUACUCUCCAUCCCCAGUGUACUGCUCUGCUCUGAUGUAGGAUAAUUAACCCUGAGAGAGACUGUGAUGUGCUGAUAGCUAACCAGCCCCACUCUGCUUCCACUGAUCAUCUUUUAUUGAGAUCCUUGUUUGCUGGUUGCUGCUCCUGUUGGCAUUAAAAGGGCAUGUGAUGAAGACUGGUCCAACCAUUAUUCUGCAAUAUGCAUCUUGCUAAAUAGCAUUGCUCUGGCCCGGGGAGCAGGAUUUUAACUGUGAAGUAAAAGUGGUUGAUUGGAGAUCGAGGGACAAAAGCUUGCAUUGGAAGUAACCAGAACAUCAUGGCAGGUGAACGAGAACCAAACCAGGAAACUCAGAUUGAAUUGCUGAGUUCUAAGAGCUCAGAGAAGAAAAGGACAGGCAAGUUUCAGCCUCUAAGGAAAUUCUUUGGCAAUAAGAAAAAGAAAAGAACUACACUGCACUUUAAAGAAGGUAGUUUGAAACCCAGCCACUCCAUUGGGAAUGUUUGUAAUAAUCCAACUCUCUCAUCAGAUGAUGAAUAUUGCGCUGAUCUGAAAAUCCCCAGCCAUAGUAUGGGAACAAGGGCAUUUUCCCAUGACAGUAUCUUCAUACCAGAUGGUGCCGCUGAAGAAGAGCAGGGUAUUCAGACACUAUCACAGGAAAGCGUAGGAGGGAAAGUGAAAUCUCUACAGCAACAGAUAGCCAAAAAUAUUCGCUUUGGGCAACCACCAGCUAACAGUUCUGAUACAAGAAUGCAAGACUUGGAUGCUAGUGCAGAAGAAAUGGAAGAGGUAUUGGACAGCCCUGUGGAGAUCAUAGGAGACCAUGACUUGGGAUUUCCACAAAAUACUGAUCUGGCCACAGGAUCGCCAGGCACCAAAAAGUCAUGGAACGCCCCAGAUAUGGAAACCAGGGCAGAAGAAAAGGUGACUCCAGUAAAAUUGUCUCGCCCAAAGCGGCCUCUGGCUUCUUCUGGCACGAUCGAGUCUAUAAAUCUGGAUUCUGUUCCUCGGUCUAAUUCUCGCCUUGAUAAUAGUGCUGCUAAACAUAAGCUUUCCGUCAAGCCAAAAAACCAGAGGGUGUCGAAGAAACAUCGAGGCUCGUCCCAGAUUAUAGAAGACACAGAGUAUGAAAAUGAAUAUGCUGUCAACAUGCCAAUAUCCCCUGACAGAAGUAUGUACUAUACAAAUGAAAAAUCCAUACGGGAUUUAACUCUCUCAGCUGUGCUUGAUCACAAAAUACCUGAGAAGCAAUCUUCUGAACUGGUUCAAACAGAGAGACAAAUAAACGGGAGCAAGCUAGCUGAAGAAAAACCUCAAAGUCCAGUCAAUUUGAUACAUGAAUGUGAGAUCAGAAUUCUGGAUGAGGUAAGCAAAUUGGAAGCACAAAAGCAAAAAGAGGAAGAAGAGAAAAAGCAACAAGAAAUGCUUAAAUCUUUGGAACUUGAAAGAAUUCGGCAAAAGAUAGAAGAGCAAAAAGAACUUGAGAGGAAAGAGUUGCGCCGCCGGGAGGAAGAACGUAAACAAAGGGCUGAACAAUGUCUCAAAGAACUUGAGGAGCACAGAAAGCGAGAGGAACAAAAAAACCGUGAACUAGAAGAGCAGAGAUCUCGCCAACAAGCAAACGAGCAACGUUUAAAAGAAGAGAUACUUCGUAAAGAAGAACAGAGCAAGAUAGAAGAACAAAAACAGCAAGAUUUGCAACAGCAGGAAAUUGAGAAGGCUAUCAUGCCAAAGACAGAGGAUAGUACGAAGCAAGAAGAAGUAUGUUCUGCAGAAGAAGAAAAUACCAUUUUACUUGAUGAUCAUAAUGAAAUCCAGAAAUUGAGCAAUCAAACCAAUGCAGAUGAAGAGGAAUUAAGGCAGAAAGAACUAAAGCAAAUUGAAGCUCAGCAACAGGAAAGGCUUGGCAAAGAAUCACGAUGGCAAGAACUUGACCAAAGACAGAGGCCAUUUACAUUUAAAGUGUCAUCUGGUGAAAAGCAAAUUCUUUUUGAAAAAGUUCAUUUACCCCCAGUUACUCCUUUGAAAGAGCAACUUGUCCAUACAGAAAUGCAAGGUAUAAAAGAAAAUAAAUCUAACAUAAGCUUGCAUGCUCUACAGUCAAAUCAGCGUGUCCCUCACACAGCCAUUUUGGUGACUGGUGCCCAACUUUGUAGCACAGCAGUAAACAUUAACCAAAUUAAGGAUACAGCUUGUAAAUCUUUGUUGGGUCUCACAGAGGAGAGAAGGCAGCUGGAAAACCCGCCAAUCAAAAAUGAAAAACAGAGUAACAAAACAAAGUACACAUCAGAAUCCCUAGAAAACCAAUCAGCCCUGGCCGAGUGGGCUUCUAUACGGUCAAAAAUCCUUAGUAAAUCAGAAAAUGUCAACAUGCUUGACAAGGACAUAAGAGUUUCACGCAUAUGCAAUGAUGACCUGACUGCCAAAGGGAAAGGUGACUCCCAUAGCAACUUAAGAAAAACUAUGUCAGCCAGUGCUAGAUUCUCAAUAACACCCGCAUGGCAGAAGUUUCCAGAAUCUGUAAAUUCCAGAGAAAGCAUUAUUGAGAAAAUAAGUAAGGAAAGUGUAACAACUGUGAAAACAACGUUUUCUGAAACUGAAACCUUAAAAAGCACAGCAAAUGCUGAGGAAACAGUCUCCAGUAAAAUAAAAAAGCAAGUUACAAUUGAAAAUAACACAGUUGGCUGUAUAUUUUCCAAAGAUCUUCCUUCGUUCCUUGUUCCAAACCCUCCUCAGUCCCCACGCAAGUUACCAGUAGAAAAACAAAAUGCUUCUGAACUCCAUAUGAGCAAUGGUGUACGGAAACUUGACAAAAUGCUGCAAAAUGGAGAGGAGAAAAUUACUCCUUUUGGAAUAAAAUUAAGAAGGACAAAUUACUCCUUAAGGUUUAGUUCCGACCCUCAAAAUGAGCAAAAGAGGAAAAAACGGUAUAGUGCUGGCGAUAGCAUUGAUAGUGUUCCUGUUCCAUUCAUUGGUUCAGAUGAAAUUGAAUCAAAACAUGAUUCCAGAAUAACACUGUCAGUAUCACCAGCCAAGCUGAAGAAAGACACAGUUAAAGCCUUGGUGGAAACAUCAAACAGUUCAUCUGAUGAUGUUCAUUCUGCAAGUAUUCCAUUAAUACCUUUUUCAAGCACCAAUGUGUCUUCACCACAUAAAGACAGAACAGUACCCAGAACUCCCAUUGUACAGAAACCAUCAUUAGCUCCAAAACCUUCCAGUCCAACUCCGCCAUCAUCUCCACUUUCCAAUCUGAAUAGAUCAAAUGUAGAUGACCUGUCUGGUCAGAGGAUGGACAAAGGUGAACAAAAUAAAGAAAUACUGGGAGAGGAUAUAAAAGUAAAUUCACUGCCUUCUUUAAUUCAGAGCAACAAAGAAGAAGCUGAAACAAAAGACCAAAAAUGUUCAUUUCCAUCUAUCCCCUGGAGAGACAAGCGAUCGGUCCAAAAAGAACGACCCAUCCUUCAGAGCCGGCACUCUAUAGACGGUUCAAAGCUGGUGGAAAAAGAGACAGCUCAGCCUAUGUGGAUAACAUUAGCCCUACAAAAACAGAAAGGUUUUCGAGAGCAAGAAGCUUCUAGGGAGGGGCGACGACAAGCUCGAGAAGCAAAGCACACAGAUAAAAUAGCUAAAGCGCCCAGUACACCGACAGAUGAAUACAGGAGCAGGUCAGGUUCCCUGCAAAAAGUGUCAACCCCCGAUGAUGCAAAAUGUGAGACCGUAGUAACUCGACUUCAACGCAGAGAGCAGCUACAGAAAUCAAACACUCUUCCAACAUCAGUCACAGUUGAAAUUACGGAGGCCUGUACAGGAACCCCACUAGCAAAAGAUAAUCCGAAGAGAUUUUCUACUCCAGAUGCAGCAUCAGUAUCCUCUGAACCUACCUGGCUGGCCUUAGCCAAGAGGAAAUCAAAAGCCUGGAGUGACUGUCCACAAAUCAUUAAGUAGAUAUCGUGUUCUAGGCCUGGAGCAUUACAUUUCUAUUCUCCAGUUGUUGCUGGAUCAAAGUUCCAGAGACAUGUAAUAAAUCAUGGAAAUUGUGGCCCAACUAUGGCUGGACGUUUAUGUUGGAUGCUCCCUUUCUAAAUAUUUAGAAAAAUAAAAACUGUCCCUACCUUCUAUAUGUGUUCCACUCUGUGGUUGUUAUGGUAGAUGUGUAUAUUAAUAAAGGGUGUAAAUUUGGGGCUUACGUCGCACCUAAAAUAAAUCAGGAUUAACUAAGCCUGAGUGCAGUGGUGAAAAAAAAAUAUAUCCCAUUUUCUUUA